AUGGACUCUGAUUUGGACAUUCAGUCUUUCAUAAACUGUACCCAGCAGAUAUUCGGCCAUGAGCAAAAAUGGGACGACCUAAACGUUUCCGAGAUCUUAGAUCUGCUCCCGAAGCAGAUCUUAGAGGACAUAAACCUAAAGAUUACACUCGGUAACUGUAUGGGUCUAGGGGAAAGACCGUACAGCCCACCAUGGUGGGGGCAGCUGGCUUGGUUCAUAGUCUUUGCCGUGAUGUUACUUCUUGCUGUAAUUGGAAACACAAUGGUCAUAUGGAUUGUUCUAGCACAUCGCCGAAUGAGGACCGUAACGAAUUGUUUCCUUGUGAACUUGGCCGUAGCAGACCUCUUGAUGGCAACCCUCAACGGAGCUCCGAACUUCGUAUUCCUGGUGACGGCUAACUGGCCCUUUGGAGCCGUGACAUGCACUGCGAGUAACUUCACAGCAAGCCUGACCGUGUCAGCGGGCGUAUUCACGCUCGUGGCCAUAACAGUUGACAGAUAUGUCGCCAUAGUGAAGCCAUUGCAACACAGGCUAAGCCGGCGAGUGGUCCGCGCUGCCUUGUUCACGGUUUGGAUCGCCAGCGCCAUGCUAGCCUUACCCAGUCUGCUCUACUCCGAUACCUACAAAAAACAGUAUAUAAAUGGAGAACGAGAAAUUUGCUUCAUCAAAUGGCCCGACGGUAGCUACCCAACAUCUUUAAGUGAUUACUGCUACAACCUGGUGUUCCUGUCGGUAACGUACGUAUUACCAAUGGCGGUAAUGGUGUGGGCUUACGCGCAAAUGAGCGCUGCCCUCACAGGGAGGGCCAUUGGAGAAUGCACACUGCAUCAGAUGCAAGUCGUCAGGGCUAAGCGGAAGGUGGUGAGAAUGUUCGUGCUGGUCGUGAUGGUGUUUGCUCUAUGCUGGCUUCCAUACCACGCGUAUUUCGUUCUGGUGUAUCACCAUCAGUCACUCGCCACGGCGCCUUUCGCUCAGCACAUCUAUCUCGGCUUCUACUGGCUGGCGAUGGCAAACUCCAUGUUUAAUCCUCUCAUAUACUAUUGGAUGAGCAAUAAAUUCAGACUUUACUUCCGCCUAGUUUUAUGCUGGUGUUGGAAAUCAGAAUCGGCGACCCCAAAUGAUUUGAAAAAGCUCGAGGUUAAAUCUUAUUCUGUUAGCCAAAAGCACUUUCGUGACGUAUCUUCGUUCAGCCGAGCAUGA